AAAAAAAUUUCUUUUUUUUUUCGUGAUAGUUUCUCGAAUAGUUUGCAAUUCUCAGUUAAACACUAGUAGCCUAGAAUAGCGGACGAGAAGGAAAGUAUGUUUUUACUAAAAUACGCAACAUUUUUAAUCGUAAGCGUUAUCGUAGAUACCGUAGCACCGGCUUCAUGUAUUUCACGUGCCGGUAGUGAUACAGAAGAAGAAUUGUGCCACAACAUCACUUGGGGAGCGUACAGUCCACGCGCUGUUCAUCUCAGUAGGCAUGUGGUUGCCGAAAAAGCAAAAACUAUGCGUGUGAUAUCAAAAGAUUUCUCCUAUCGACCAAAGCCAGGCGAAUUGGCAUACGAACGCACCAUCACCCAAAUUAUUGUUACAGAUAACUAUAGCAAUGGUAAUGGAGGCUACGCUACCCUAAAGGAUGGCGGUCCCAGCACUUAUUUCGCUUUAAUACAUUUGAAAUCUCAACGUGGUCAUGGCUUUAAUUUCACAAUUGAUUUUUAUGGUCAGUGA